UUUUAUACAACUUUUUUUUUGUAUUUGUAGAAUGCCAUCAUGAUAAUGAAAUACGACCAAGAGAUCCUAUUCGAUGCAGAGAAUGUGGAUACAGAAUCAUGUACAAAAAACGAACUAAAAGACUUGUUGUAUUUGAUGCACGAUAAAUGUAAGGAUUAAAUAGUUUUUAAUAAAAUACUCACAAUUAUA